AUGGCCGUCGCCAAGGGCAAGCUCACCCUUAGCAUCGUCGCGGCUGUCGUCAAGGCCAAGCUCAUCGUCGCUGCUGCCGUCUUCGGGGCAGCAUCCUGCACGACAGCUGUCUUCCCCGAAGACCCUCAUGUAGAGAGUCGCGAGGCCAUCGUACAUGAAGUGGAGGGUGCACCUCCUGCUCAGGCCGCGUGGGCAGGCGAACGCCUGCCAGCCGCUGGCCAGGGACACCUUCCCGGUGGCAGUGACUUCGACCCCAACCCACGAAGCCUUGCUGCAGCAACUGUCAGCCUAAAGCCAGAGGCCGUCGAUCCCCGCGGCCGGCAGCUCACCCCCAAAGAAGCACGCUGCGCGCCCGCAUCGGCCAAGCCCCGCCUGGCCCCCACGGCCAUGCCACCGGUCGGUCUCCCCUGCUCGCCGCGAACCAACACUGCUACCGCGCCGUCCCGCUCCGCUCUGCUGCUGCUUUUGGCUGCCUUCUGCCACUACAUUGCUGUUGCUUCUUCUCUGCUACUUGCUGUCCGCUGUCACUGCUACUGCCUUGCAUCGCGCGCACACACGCUCCUUGCCCGCCCGCCUGCAGCGCCGCCGUGCGCUCGCCGUCCCGCUGUGCCCGCCACGCCCCGCACCACCGGACCGCGCUCGCUGCACAGAGGCCGCAACGGCCGCGCGCUCCCCACUCCCCCUUCUGCUGCUUCCACCGGCCGCAUCCGCAUGCUACGCCCCCCGCUCGCCGGCGCCCUCCAUCGCGCACCACGGCCAUGCCCGCAGCGCCCCCCCACUGCUGCGCCGUCGUCGCCCCUGCCACAAGCCUCCGGCGGCCGCCCUCGCAUCGCCGCAGCCAAGCCUCGCCGCGCCUCGCCAGUCCCGCCCCGCGUCUGGCCUGGGCGAGCGCUCUAA